CACCUUUCAUACUCCAUACAAGUCAAGCCAUGGCCGACGCACUGGCUGGUGCUGUGCCACCGCCAUUUACGCUGGACACCGGAACCGCCAUUUCCUUGGGCAUUGCAUUCUCCCUGAUGCCCCUGGCUCAAGGUCUAGCUGCUGCUUUCUUGCCUGCAACUACUCCUAGGAAGUAUUACUGGCUAUUCCUAUGGCAUGCCUACGAUUUUCUCACCCAUUUUAUCAUCGAAGGGAGCUUCCUAUACCACUGUUUUUUCUCCUAUAUCGAAUUAGCUGUGACUGAAGAUACGCGUUUGUCAAGAGGAGGCAGCAAGAUACCAGUACUGUUCGACCGGCCAGAUCGCCAGUAUGGAGCUCUGUCUUCGUCUGGACCUAUGGCGAGGUUGUGGGCAGAAUAUGCAAAAGCAGACUCGCGAUGGGGGGGUGCUGACUUGAUGGUCAUAUCCGUCGAGCUUGUAACUGUUCUCCUGGAUGGGCCAGGGGCUGUUUACAUCUGCUAUCUGAUAUCCAAGAUUGCCAAUGUCAAAGAUGCUGCAUUAAAAGGCCAAUAUCAAUCACGUCUCUGGUUUGUUGCGAUUGUGGUCGCAAUCCUCGAAUUAGUGGGCGGAUGGUAUACAUUUGCGCCCGAGUGGCUCAGUGGUAACCAUAGCCUAGCUGGCGAUGACCCAGUGUACUUGUGGCUUUACCUGGUGUUCUUCAACACUCUCUGGGUGUUUAUUCCGUGCUGGGUACUAUAUCUGGCUUACAGCGAAAUUUUCAACGCCUUUACAGGACGCAGCCGUGUCACUUCAACAAACAAGACCAAAUAGUGAAGAGCAUGUGUCAACUUGUAUAUGUCAGGCCUAGGAUAAAAACGCCAAACUCCACUCCUGGACGCAAUCGCUUCCAGGAUGAGCGUAGCAACAUGAAGUGCUUCUUUCCUAGACCUCAAACACCAUCAUCUUGAAUUCAGAAUCAGGCGGCUAGGGAUGAAAUAGGGCUUAUUUUCAGCCAAAGCAGGCCCACCACCACCAGUCUACUAUCUCAUUGCAGACCGUUACUUAGCCUCAAUGCUUUCUCAAAAUGAAGCUUUAUCACUAUGAAGCCGAUUGGGACCUAGGCGGCCUCAUCAUGGUCAAAGUGUGCGGCACGUCGAUCUCUGGUGAAUCGAACUCCACCACAUCCACGACUUUCCAGCCAUUUCGCUCAUACAGCCUUGACCCAGCUGGUCGAGCAUUAAGCCAACUUACUACAUUCUCGCGAUCAGCAGCGUCCGUUCCCCAUUCAAUCAGCUUCUGUCCAAUACCCUGUUUCUGAUACGACGGAUGAACAAUCAAUCGGUGCAAGCCUAGGAUGGAUGAAAGACAAAACUCAGCACACUCUCACAACGAUGUAGAACCACUCGAAAUUGGGCGGCAUUUGAGCUUGUUGCAAAAUUCCAAUUCAAACUUCGAGCAUGUGGCUUUCAGAAGACUUACACAUAAACUUCUUGCCCCUAAUAUGGGUGAUGCAACUGUUCCAUACUUUGCGGCCAUGCUCUUCUAGAGGGUCAGAAUAGAAUGGCUUCAGGUUCGGUUC